CUAAACAUUUAUUUAUGUUUUAUUUAAAUAAACACAGAUGUAAACUCAUUUCAGAUUCUGAGAUUUUUUGUUUUGUUUUAUGAUCCGCUUUGAUCCUGAUCAGCUGAUCGAUCCUCCAUAAUCAGAAACUAGUUCCUCCUCAGAACCGGACAGAGUUCGGCCUAGUGGCCAUCAGUGGUACUGCAUGUUCAAGAUCUUUCUUUUAAAAGGAAAAAUUAGGAUUUUUUAAAUUUAAAAAAAAAAAAACCGACAGAAUUCGGAUCUGAUCGGGCAGAACGCUGCGACGUCAAACUUUGGAGCAACAAGGAAGUGGAAGAAGGAGAAAGGAAACUUCUCUCCUGAUGACGUCGGUUUUCCUGGAGGGAAUCUUCCUGCAGCAGGAACCAAAAUUCAGACAUUUUUCUGUCUGAAACUCAGGAUCCAUAUUUGUGUUUUAGAAAUGCUUGUUGUCACAAGAUGAAUUCAUGUUUUGCUGUUAUGAAAAUCAGGUGUGCUGACGUUGCUCAGCUCUUAGGGAAAUCAGGAUCAGAUCGAACUCAGUCCGGUUUCAGCCUCCAACACCGUCGGUAAGUUUGGGCUCAUUUUCAUCUUUAGAUGGUUUUAAUAACUUUUGUUUUUAAUCAGGAGUUCAGGCCGUUUAUUUGAGAUAACUUCUCGCUCCAUCCCAUAAUCAGAAAAGCUUUUGUUCCUCUGAUAAAUUCCUUGUUAAUUUGCUUCCUCUGGUUCUGGAUGCUGAGCAGCUGGAAGGAUUUUUGCUCUUACUGUUUACACAGUCGUGUAACCAUAGCAACGAGGUAUUGUUUUUACAACCGAGAUCAGCUGAGUAGCAUUGCAAAAGCUCCAGUGACCUUCAGCUCUGCUGUGUUCCUGGUUUCAGCGGGAGGAGAUGGCGGAGUCCUACACCAACCGCUCUGACUCUGGUGGAGGGGAGGAAUGUUUGCUGGAAGGACGAUACCUGGUAACUCUGGCUCUGAUCAACGUCUUCACCUUCGUCGUCGGCCAGCCGGUAACGGCCAAGCUGCUGUGGAUCUCCUUCACCGCCAACAAGGCCGCAGAUAUCCUCAACUGCAACUUGGCGCUUUUCCACAGCUUCCUGUACCUGGUCUACCUGCUGAACCUGGUCUUCCUCUUCCUGUACCGCCGCCACCAGUCCGCCUUGCGCUCCGUCAUCCUGAGCUACAGCCAGGUCGGCGGCCCCAUGAGUUUGUGCUUCAUCUGCAUGGAGCGGUACGUGGCGGUGCUCCACCCCCCGGCUUACCCACUGCUGAGGACCCACCGCUGGCGGGAGGCGUGUGCUGCGCUGGUCUGGCUCUGCUUGCUGUCUGUCGCCAUGACAACCACGCUGGUCAGCGACGACACGUCCUCGCUCUCCGGCGCCGUGAUAAAAAGCGUCCCGUUCGCAGCGAUGGUGAUCCUGACCCACCUGAUGGUGUGGGCCGCCGCCAGGAUCGCCCGGGCGCUCAGGACCUCCAGCCCCGGCCGGGACCGGCUGCAUCCGGUCAAGAGGAAGAACAAGUGGCGGCUGACCGACGCAGAGAAUGCUGGGAGUUUUCUCAGACUGCGGCUAGAAGAAGAAACCACGUGUCGUUUUAUCCAUUCUUAAAAAGUUGAAGUUUUAUUUUUAUGUUUCAAAAGCAACUUCAGCAAAUCCAACGACUGACGUUACACUGAUGGACCAGAAAGAGACCAAAUACAGAAUAUUUAUUAAUUAUUAUUAAUUAAAUUAUUUAUAAAAAUGUUAUGAAAAUUUAGUUUUUUCACCAAAUUCAGAUUCUUUAGCGAUGCAAUGAAACUGAAAGAAAAGCUUUGAAGGCGACUGGGUGAGAAGAUUCCUGGAGAUUUUUAUUUUACUGUCAUAAAGCAAACAAUGAAAUGAAAAUAAAUGCAGUUAAAACAAAA